GAACCAUCCAAGUGUUUGUUCCGACCUUCUCUUACGCACCUCCCGCUUCUUCAACCUCGUUUCCUCUCAUUCCCAACAACUUCCCCCACCGCCCCUCUCUGUCUCUCUUUCUCUCUUUCUCCUUCUGCCACAAACUCAUUUGGUUUCUGCUUUGUUUUCUGCUUUUUUUAAGAAGUCCAUUUGCACCUCAUUGGGUGAAUCCUUCUUUUUGUUUCCAACUUUUUUGGGCAUUGUUUUCUUUUUUCUUGGGGGGAAUUUUUGGGGUGAAGACAAUGAUAAUUAAGAGCUGGGUCCUGUUAGGAUUGAUGCGAGGAUGACUAAAAUGCGUGGCAUGGAAUUUGGGGUGGUGAAUUCAACUUCAGUUUCACGUACGGCGGGUUCAUGGCCUCAAUCCUCUGUCCUCGAAUGGCGAUUCCACUCGCAGUCGGCAUUCGAGUCUUUCUGCAUUGCCUCCGAAGCCUUCUCAGAUCAUCUUCGUUGUCAAUUUCUUCUCGGGCUUGAUCUGCGGCGAUUGCUUUGAUUGUCCGUGGUGGAAGAAGAAAAGAAAAGGGGUUUUGGUCUUGGUAGGAAUGACAUCUGGUGCUAAACUGUUGAUGCCACCGAAUACUGGAGUGUUUGCGACGAUGGCAGAGCUGCCCGAGUCCAUGGCGGACCAUUUAGAGAAGGAUCCGACCGGUCGAUACGUUCGGUACAGUGAAGUCUUGGGCAGGGGUGCUUUCAAAACUGUUUUUAAGGCAUUUGAUGAAGUUGAUGGAAUAGAAGUUGCUUGGAACCAAGUGAGGAUUGAUGAUGUUUUGCAAUCACCAGAAGAUUUGGAAAAAUUGUAUUCUGAAGUGCAUCUGCUGAAAUUGUUGAAACAUGAUAAUAUCAUCAAGUUCUAUAAUUCUUGGGUGGAUGAUAAAAAGAAAACUGUGAAUAUGAUAACUGAGCUGUUCACAUCUGGAAGCCUGAGACAAUAUCGUAAGAAGCAUAAAAAUGUGGAUAUAAAGGCCAUAAAGAAUUGGGCAAGGCAGAUUCUCCGAGGUUUAGUCUAUCUGCAUGGUCAAAAUCCACCUGUUAUUCACAGGGACUUAAAAUGUGACAAUAUUUUUGUUAAUGGAAAUCAUGGAGAAGUUAAGAUUGGAGACCUCGGGUUGGCACUUGUAAUGCAGCAACCUACUGCUCGAAGUGUGAUUGGGACUCCUGAGUUUAUGGCUCCUGAGCUAUAUGAAGAAGAAUACAAUGAACUUGUCGACAUAUAUUCAUUUGGGAUGUGCAUUCUGGAGAUGGUUACUUUUGAGUACCCAUACAGUGAAUGCAGAAACCCAGCUCAAAUCUAUAAGAAAGUUACCUCGGGCAUUAAACCUGCUGCACUCAGUAAGGUGAGCGAUCCCCAAAUUAAGGAAUUUAUAGAGAAAUGUCUGGUUUCAGUAUCUGAAAGACUGUCAGCAAAGGAGCUUCUCCAAGACCAUUUCCUCCGAGCUGAGAAUCCAAAGGAACCAAUUCGUGAUCCCUUACAGUUACCUGAUCAAAGUCUCAAAGCAAAUAGUUUACCCAAGUCCGGCCCUCAUUCCAUGGACAUAGAUUCUGACUAUAAGCAGCUAUCUUUAAGCACAUGUACGGGAAGCAACAAUGGUAGUCCAAGCUGUCCAGUUUUAGAAUUUCAGAGGAAAAAUAAGAACAAUGAAUUUAGGUUAAGAGGGAAGAAAAAUGAUGACAGCUCAGUAUCAUUGACCUUGCGUAUUGCAGACUCUUCUGGUCGAGUGAGAAAUAUACACUUCCUCUUUUAUCUUGAUACAGAUACUGCACUUUCAGUGGCUGGCGAGAUGGUUGAACAACUGGAGUUGGCAGAUCAUGAUGUGGCGUUCAUAGCUGAGUUUAUUGAUUACUUGAUCAUGAAACUUCUUCCUGGAUGGAAGCCAUCAUCUGAUUACUCCUCAAGUGGAGCAGUAACUCCAUGUGGCAUUUCCCCAGUCAUUGAAGAUGGAAAAACAUUAAUGACUUGUCCAUGGGAUUCAAUGCUAACAGGUGGUCCAGAUGGGUUGGUGGUUGAGCAAGAUGUUCUGUCUGAGUUAAGUAUGUGUCCUCAGGAUGGUGGAGUACAGGCUGAGGAAGGUAGUGUGUGCAAUAAUGCUGACAGUACCAUUUGCCGUGGUGACUAUAAUUCUUCUCCAGGUUUGGCUAAUUUCGAGGAUGAACAUUCACAAGCAUCAGUUGCUUCAGAUAUACUGGUGGAAGCAUCUUCAACCAAACAUGGAAACGCAGCUGAAUCUAUUGAUUGUAAUCUUGAUGAAAGUCACAAACGAUUAAGUUGGUCUUUCUCUGAUUUAGAGCUUGGGGAUAAUACAUAUUAUGAUGACUGCAGAUUCCAACGAAUGGAUAGCAGUGGCACAGAGUGCGUUGUGGAUGAAUUUGCAAAGACAUCAGAGUUGUCAUUUCCUGUUCCGAGUGGAAAAUUCAAAAUGAUGAGUUUAACAAGCAGCUGUUCGUCACUGUACUUGGAAGACAAAGAUAUAGAUGUGGAGCUAAAGUUGGAACUUGAUGCAAUCGAGUCACAGUAUCAAAACUUGUUUCAGGAACUUUCUCAGAUGAGGGAAGAAGCAUUGGAGGCCACCAAAAGGCGAUGGAUGGCAAGGAAGAAACUGGCUGUCCAUUGAUUAAUAUUACUGAGGUUUCCUUUCUGGAAAAGUUUGGCAUUAUAAAGUCAAACUAUCAUUACUUUUUGUAAUCUGAUCACUGAACUAUCAAAGUUAUCACUUUGCCCUCCAAUGUGAAACAUAAUGUGCAAAUCUCCUCAUUAAAAUCUAAUCAUUUGACAGAUGAAAAUAGAUACGUGGCAGGGAACAGAUGACAAUGGAGGUGGUAGUUUGGAGGGUGAAACGAUCAUUUUGAUUGUUUGGUGAUCAUUUGAAAAAGGAGUCGUAUUUGAGAAGGUAAAUACAGUUCUCUUUUGUUUUCCUUGUAUUGUUCAAUUGUGUCAUUCUUAUCCAGAAGGUGCUUUGAAAUUUCUCUUCAAGGGCCGUGAUUAUAUGUUAACUGGAAACCAAGUAUUGGAUGCUUUUUCUUUUUGUCUUUGUGGAAGUUGUGGUCCCUCUGUGGUUUAAAUUUUUGUACUCUGAGGGAUCUCUCCAUGUUAACUUUGUUUGUGGGUGUAUAAAAAAGUUCUUGAAUUUGUUGAUUGUC